GUUUUGGGUCCACCUCCUUUAAUUUCUUGACUUUCCAGCCAUUUUUUCUGUUGACUGACUUGGGCUUUUCUAUAUAGGACGAGGCAACUCCCAAGUCUCCAGGCAAACAAGGAUCGUCCAAUCUCUUCAUAUCUUUUUAUAUUGCGCCUCCUCCACACCCACCAGCAAUUCUUUACCAAUUUCUCUUUGCCCAAAGACAAACAGAGGCAUGAUGAGUGCUCUCGGCUCCAUGAAUAUCUGUCAAGUGUUGCUACUCACUCUUGUUCUAUUUCUAGCUAUGACUAGCAGUGUUGAGCCGAGUAAUCAACAGUGCACUUCGUUUUGUGGUAAUAUUCGAAAUAUAAGUUAUCCGUUUCGACUGAAGAGCGAUCCAAAAGGAUGCAGUGUCUCGAAAUUUGAGCUGGCUUGUGAAGAUAAUCGCAUUGUUCUGUACUUGCUUGAUGACCGAUACUAUGUGCAGUCUAUCGAUUAUAACAGUUACGAAAUCACAUUGGUUGACGACGGGCUGCAAAAGGAUAACUGCUCGUCUCUCCCUCGUCAUUCAUUGUUUGGGUAUAGGUACAUUACCACUUACUAUCAAAAUGAUUCAUACAGCAUGUACGGCCAAAGUAUAUUGGUUAUUGUGAACUGCUCAAAGCCGGUUAGCUCUCCAUUCUACAUCUCUACCGAUUUAUGCAUUAAGGGGUCGUACUCUUCCAACACACCAUCGAAUUGGAACUUGUAUGCUGUGGUCGAACCUAUAGCAUCGGAUGUUAGGGAUUUUUGUACCAUUCACAGUUGGACGUGGGUACCCAAAUGGGAGGUUCCGAGCAGCUCCUACAACUACGAGCGAAUCCAUAACAUCAUGGCCAAUGGAUUUAUUCUCACCUUUUAUUCUACUUCAUCGAUGGACACUUUCUUUUGCUAUUUUGAUCUCUAUCACAUGAUCUGGACAACUCAGGCUUUUUGCGGCUUCAAGGGCUACCGCUUCGGUGUCAGGGAUUUUGCAAAUUAUAUAUCCAGGAAUGUUACGUCUCUACUAGUGUAUUUCUGUGCAGCGAAAUUCGCAAUCGGGAUGCCAUUUGUUGUGGUAUUUCUAAUCUACAACUACAGAAGAAGGCACUUAGCAAUGGACAAGAACAUUGAAGAAUUUUUACAAGCUCAAAACAAUUUCUUACCCAUAAGGUACUCUUACUCGAAUAUUAAGAAGAUCACCAGGAAUUUCAAGCACAAACUAGGUGAAGGGGGGUAUGGUUCUGUGUACAAAGGAACGCUCAGAAGCGGCAAUGAAGUGGCCGUCAAGAUUUUGAAGCAGUCCAAGGCCCAUGGCCAAGAUUUUAUCAGUGAAGUGGCUACUAUUGGAAGAAUUCACCAUGUUAAUGUAGUGCAACUCGUUGGUUUUUGCUUUGAAGGCUCGAAACAAGCUCUCGUGUAUGAUCUCAUGUCAAAUGGAUCUUUGGAUAAGCACAUUUUCACUGAUGAAGAUGAUAAGUUUCUGGAUUACAAAAAAAUAUAUGAGAUCGCUCUUGGGGUGGCGAGGGGGAUUGAAUACUUACAUCGUGGGUGUGACAUGCAAAUACUACACUUUGAUAUCAAGCCUCACAACAUUCUUUUAGACCAAAAUUUCACUCCAAAAGUCUCUGACUUUGGACUAGCGAGACUUUAUCCUACUGAUCAUAACAUAGUCUCGUUGACUGCUGCAAGAGGAACUUUGGGAUAUAUGGCGCCUGAGUUGUUCUACAAAAACAUUGGUGGUGUAUCUUACAAAGCGGAUGUCUAUAGCUUCGGGAUGUUGCUCAUGGAAAUGGCAAGUAGAAGGAAGAAUAUAAAUGCAAAUGCAGAACGCUCAAGCCAAAUUUAUUUUCCCUUGUGGGUGUAUGACAAAGUCAAUGAAGGAGAAACUGUUGAAAUAGAAGAAGUUGAAGAAGAGGAAAGGAUGGUGAGGAAAAAGAUGAUCAUAGUUGCACUUUGGUGUAUCCAAUUAAACCCUGACCAUCGGCCCCCAAUGAGCAAAGUCCUAGAGAUGCUUGAAGGAGAUAUCGGUAAACUUCAAAUGCCUCCAAAACCGCUUAUUUACCCGCCAGAUGAGCCAGUCAAUAGUGAUAAAGCCGAGAUGGAACUAGAAACAUUUUCAGCUUCAUCAAGCACACAAAUAAUUUCUGCUAGUUUUCCUUUUGGAGAUAGCGAUAUUGUUUAGAGAAUCAUGCACAGUUUGAUAAGAAUAGCAUUGUGUAUUUUGUUAUAUGCCGAUAAUCUAGUAUUAUGUCGGGAGGGACUUGGGCUAAUUUAGCUCCACAGGGAUUACUUUCGAGAUUGUCCUUUCCUAGCUCUAAGGUUAAUGUUGUGUUAUUGUAUUUCAUAGGGUUGUACUCUCUUUCAUCCUUCUUCUCAGAGGACAAACAAAUUGGCAAGAGAGUAAGGACAAAAACGGUGGGAAAAGUGACUAACAUAGAGAAUUUUCCUUCGUCAUUACAUGAUUUAGGGUAAUCCCAAUUAAAAUGCUAAUAAUAACUUG